AUGGCCGGUGCUCAAAAGAUUGCCAUUGUGUCGGUCUACGACAAGACGGGCCUGUUGGACCUUGCCAAGGGCCUAGUCGCCAACAAUGUCCGGAUCCUCGCCUCUGGCGGCACCUCGCGCAUGAUUCGCGAGUCUGGCUUCCCUGUUGAAGACGUCUCUGCCAUCACCAAGGCGCCCGAGAUGCUCGGCGGCCGCGUCAAGACCCUCCACCCCUCCGUCCACGCCGGUAUCCUCGCGCGCGACCUCGAGUCAGACGAGAAGGACCUUGCCGACCAGAACAUCAACAAGGUCGACUUCGUCGUUUGCAACCUGUACCCCUUCAAGGAGACCGUCGCCAAGGUCAACGUCAGCAUCCCCGAGGCUGUCGAGGAGGUCGACAUCGGUGGCGUCACGCUGCUCCGCGCCGCCGCCAAGAACCACAAGCGCGUCACCAUCCUGUCGGACCCGACCGACUACGCGGGCUUUCUGAAGGAACUUGAGAGUGGCGAGAUCACCGACGCCAGCCGCAACCGCUACGCGCUCAAGGCUUUUGAGCACACGGCCGAUUACGACACGGCCAUCGCAGAGUUCUUCCGCAAGGCGUACGCCGGCGACGGUGAGCAGCACCUGCCGCUGCGCUACGGCGCCAACCCGCACCAGAAGCCUGCCGCCGCCUUCACGGCCGGCGGCAAGCUGCCUUUCAAGACCCUCAGCGGCGCGCCCGGCUACAUCAACCUACUCGACGCGCUCAACGCCUGGCCUCUGGUCAAGGAGCUCAAAGCGGCGACGGGCCGGCCCGCAGCGGCCAGCUUCAAGCACGUGUCGCCAGCGGGCGCGGCCAUCGGCCUGCCGCUCAGCGAGGACGAGCGCAAGGUGUACAUGGUGACGGACAUUCCCGGCAUCGAGACGUCCGGCCUGGCGCAGGCGUACGCGCGCGCGCGCGGCGCGGACCGCAUGAGCAGCUUUGGCGACGUCAUCGCGCUGUCGGACGUGGUAGACGUGCCGACGGCCAGUAUCAUCGCCAAGGAGGUGUCCGACGGCGUGAUCGCGCCGGGCUACGAGGAGGCCGCGCUCGAGAUGCUGCGCAAGAAGAAGGGCGGCAAGUACCUGGUGCUGCAGAUCGACCCCGAGUACACCCCAGGCCCGACCGAGACGCGCACUGUCUACGGUGUCACACUGCAGCAGCACCGCAACGACGUGGAGAUUUCCGCCGCCAAGAGCUUCACCUCCAUCAUCACGCCCAAGGAUGGCGCGGCGCUGCCGGCGGACGCGGCGCGCGACCUGGCCAUCGCGACCAUCACGCUCAAGUACACGCAGAGCAACUCGGUGUGCUACACGUUCGGCGGGCAGGUGAUCGGGCUGGGCGCGGGCCAGCAAUCGCGCAUCCACUGCACGCGCCUGGCGGGCGACAAGGCGGACAACUGGUGGAUGCGCUUCCACCCGCGCGUGCUGGGCAUCAAGUGGAAGAGGGGCGCGAAGCGCCCGGACAAGUCUAACGCGAUCGACCUGCUGGUCAGCGGGCAGCUGCCGCGGGACGGUGCGGAGCGCGAGGGCUUCGAGGCCGUCUUCGAGGAGGUCCCGGCCGCCUUCACCCAGGAGGAGCGCGAGGCUUGGAUGAAGAAGUUGACGGGCGUUUCCGUCUCCAGCGAUGCCUUCUUCCCCUUCAUCGACAACGUCUUCCGCGCUGCCCGCUCGGGCGUCAAGUACAUUGCCGCGCCGACUGGUAGCCAAAACGACUCUGCCGUCUUCCAGACGGCCGAGAGCCUGGGCAUCACCUUUGUCGAGCAGAGCAUCCGCCUUUUCCACCACUAA